AUGGCCGGAGGACAUAUGCACGCCCCAGCUGCGAACGGCAAUAUUCUUAACCCAGGCGCGACACAAUACCCGCCCAUAACGCAUCUUCUAUGGCAUCUUUCGCAUUUUAAAGCACUAGCUGCCGAGAGGGAGCUGGCGAACGUGGCAAUAGCUCCUCUUGUGCGCCAGCUGCCGUUUGACCAGGCAAGUAACGGUGAGUUGGUGUCCCUACUGGAGAAGUUUGGCUGGCACCCAAUACACGACUUCACCACUACCCUAGACCUGGCGGGUCUGAAGGGCGCACUGCAAAAGUACAAGUACAUUAAGAUGGGGCCGCUGGGCAGCGGCUCAUACGGCGUCGUUUAUAAGGCCCAGAACCGUGAAACGCAGGAACUGUUGGCCAUCAAAAGGGUACGUUUUUCAAUCGCGGAACACGGGUUGUCGGACUCCACCAUCCGGGAAAUCAGCACAUUGCGGGAGCUGCGGCAUGACAACAUUGUCAAGCUGAAGGACAUUAUCGCAACCGCGAAUGGCCAGCAUGUACACUUGGUGCUGGAGUUCCUUGACUGUGACCUGCGGCAGUACCUGGACACCCACCCUGAGGCCUCGGAGAUUGGGAGGAUCAAGUCGGUGGUGUUGCAGAUCCUUCGCGGCAUACGUCAUGCCCACAUGAACAGCAUCAUGCACCGGGACCUCAAGCCGCAGAAUGUGCUGAUUGGAGUGGCCAAGGGUCAGGUCAAGCUCACGGAUUUCGGGCUGGCGAGGUGCUUCCUGCCCAAUUCGGACCGGGCGUAUACGGAGAGGGUGGUUACGCUGUACUACCGGGCUCCGGAGCUGCUUUUGGGUUCCCCCUGCUACACUAGCGCGGUCGACUUGUGGAGCGUGGGCUGCAUCAUGGCGGAGAUGAUCAACUUCGAGCCGCUGUUCAAGGCGGACACGGAGAUUGGUCUCCUUUUCCGCAUCUUUGAGAAGCUGGGCACACCCAACCUGGAGGUGUGGAAGGACCUCCGGGGCUUGACGCACUUCUCCGACGAUUUUCCGAACUUCCCGCCUAAGCCCAUGCGCCAGCUGGUUCCCCGGCUGGCUGGCGAUCCCGCCGGUUUGGAUCUGCUGUCGCGUCUGCUCACGUACGACCCCAGCCGGCGCAUCACUGCACGCCAGGCACUAGAGCACCCCUGGUUCCAAGGGGUGGUGGUUUAG